CGUAUUCGUUGAUGAACACGGUUAGCUAAGGAUCUGGGUUUCAAUGUUACUAAACGAAACUUCUUCUGUGAUUAUGGAACAUGAGAUGGAUGAAGCUGCAAUGAGCUUGGUUAUGUUAUCUGAACGAGUUUGUGGUGAUGAGUCAAUGUGUUUAGAUCAGUUUAAACCUAUUAAAGAGAAGGUCUUUGAUUGUGUUGAGUCGAUACUUGGCUUCAAGGAGAUGUUUACUCACUUGGGUUUUGAAAAGUCUGUGACUUGUAGUGAUGUUGUUGUGGCUCUGAGAAGUGAAUUGCAGAGUAACUCAAGUCGUGAAUGUAAUAUAUGUGGUAAGAGUUUUGGGUGUUAUCAAGCUUUGGGUGGUCAUAAAAGACUUCACAGAUCGAUUAAAGGGAAAUUAGAAAAUUGUGUUGAGUCGAAACAAGACUUCAGGGAACUGCAUCCUUUGAAUUGUGAGUUGCAGAAAAGACCUGAGAGUAGCUCCAGCUACAAAUGUAAUGUAUGUGGCAAGAGUUUUGGGUGUUUUCAAGCUCUAGGUGGACACAAAGGACUUCACAGAAUGAUUAGAAAGCAAUCAGCGCGUAAAAAGGAGUACAAUGAAAGUGAUAAUUCACUGUCUCACUCAUCAGAAGCUAAGAAGAUUGUUUCAAAACCAUCAAGCUUUGAAGUCUCUCAAGAGAAGGUCUUACAUUGUGUUGAGUUGAAACAAGACUUUAGUGAACUGUUCUCUUACUCGGGUGCAUUACCUUCUACUCUGAGAUGUGAAUUACAGAAAAAAACUCAGAGCUAUGAUUGCAAAAUAUGUGGCAAAAGCUUUGUGCGUCCUCAAUCUCUAAGUAACCACCAAAGAGUUCAUAGACCGAAUUCAGAGCAACUAUCGCGUAAAAGGAAGAAUGCUAAAGAUUAUAAUUCACUGUCUGACUCAUUAGAAGCUAAGAAGAUUGUUACACAACCAUUAAGCUUUGAAGUCUCUCAGGAGAAGAUCUUACAUUGUGUUGAGUCCAAACAAGACUUUAGUGAAUUGUUUUCUCAUCCGGGUUUCGACAAGUCUAUUAGUUGCAGUAUCAUUCCAUUAUCUUCUUCCCAGAGAAGUAAACCGCAGUCAAGCAAUUCGACUAAAGGGGAAGAAAGUUUUCAUCUUGUCGGCUAAAACUCUCACAAAAUGUCUCAGAAACUUCAUGUUUGCGGAGUAUGUAGGAAAAAAUUCGCAACUUUAAAAGGUGUGUAUGGUCACCAGAGGAUUCAUUCUAGUAAAAGCAAUAGAAUCGAAGUCGAAGAUGGUUUGCAAAGGAUUUGGGGUUUGAAGAAGUCUAGGGUUUGCUCUGUUUCAGCUUCUUCUGCUAAAGGAUCUUCUUUUAUGACUCCGAUUGAGAAACAUGAGGUGAUUGAAGCUGCAAUAAACUUGGUUAUGUUGUCUCGACGAGUUUAUGACUUUGCCUCUAUCAGAAGUUAUGAUUUUAUGGAUUUGGAGCUUCAACCUUGUCCUAAGAGAAGUAAAUUGCAGAAAAAGACUUGCUUUGGCUAUAAAUGUGAUAAAUGUGACAAGAGUUUUGGGUGUUAUCAAGCUCUAGGUGGCCACCAAAGACUACACAGAUCGAUUCUAGCACAUAAAAGGGCAUAUACUGAAGCUAAGAAGAUUGUUACACAACCAUCAAGCUUUGGAGUCUUUCAGGAAGAGAAGAUCUUACAAUGUGUUGAGCUGAAGCCAGAGUUCCACGAACUGCUUGGUCGAUCGGGUUAUGAAAAGUCUAGUACUUGCAGUAAAAUUAGGUUCAGUGCAGUACCUUCUCCUCCAGAAGGUAAGAAGAUUGUUUCACAGCCAUCAAGCUUUGGUGUCUCUCAAGAGAAGAUCUUACAUUGUGCUCAGUCGAUAGAUGACUUCUGUGAACCGCUUGCUCUCUCUGGUUUUGACAAUAAGUCUCACUCCAGCUAUAAAUUCGAAAUCUGUGACAAGAGUUUUGUGUGUUCUCAAGCUCUAGGUGGUCACCAAACACUUCACAGACCACUGAAAGGGCUGUUAGCUAGUGACAAGGUGUACACUGAAUAUGAUAGUUCAGGCAUGACUGAGUCAGAAGCUAGCAAGUUUGUUUCACAACCGUCAAACUUCAACUCUUAGGGGGAUAUAAAUGUCAGUGCUUUGAUGUUUCCAAGUCUUAACCAAAGCUUUUGGGGUUUCGCAUUAAUACCAAAUUACUUCAGAGAAAGGAUAGAUAUGUGUUCAUCUAAUACAGAGAAAGGAUAGAUAUGUGUAUGUUAGUAGAAGUAAUUGAAAAUUGAAACUUUAGGAUGAUGUGAUUUGCAGAUGUGUAUAGUUGUGACAUUUCAUUCUCUAU